AGAAAGUGGGAGGCCCACGCACACGGGACGAGGCCACACCUGCCCCCUCUCUGCUGCAGCCAGGAUGGGUCGGGGGGUGGCUUGCGCAGGCUCGGUGGUCCUGGUCCUGGCGCUGCUCCAGAGCUGUGCAGCAUACAAGCUGGUCUGCUACUACACCAGCUGGUCCCAGUACCGGGAGGGUGACGGCAGCUGCUUCCCCGACGCCGUGGACCCCUUUCUGUGCACCCACGUCAUCUACAGCUUUGCCAACAUCAGCGACAACGAGAUUGACACCUGGGAGUGGAAUGACGUGACGCUGUACGGCACACUGAACACACUGAAGAGCAGGAACCCCAACCUGAAGACUCUCCUGUCUGUUGGAGGAUGGAACUUUGGUUCUCACAGGUUCUCCAAAAUAGCUGCCAAUGCCCAGAGUCGCAGGACUUUCAUCAAGUCAGUGCCACCCUUUCUGCGGGCCCAUGGCUUCGACGGGCUGGACCUCGCCUGGCUGUACCCUGGACGGAGGGACAAGCAGCAUCUCACCAGUCUGGUCAAGGAGAUGAAGGCUGAGUUUUCGAGGGAGGCCCGGGAGGGGACAGAGCGGCUCCUGCUCAGCGCGGCUGUGUCUGCUGGGAAGGUGGCCCUUGACCAAGGAUACAACAUCGCCCAGCUAGCCCAACACCUGGACUUCAUCAACCUCAUGACGUACGACUUCCACGGUGCCUGGCGCCAGACCACCGGACAUCACAGCCCCCUGUUCCGAGGCCAGAAAGAUGCACGUGCUGACAGGUUCAACAACGUUGACUACUCCGUGGGCUACGUGCUGCGGCUGGGGGCCCCGGCCGAGAAGCUGGUGAUGGGCAUCCCCACCUUUGCGAAGACCUUUACCCUGGCCUCUUCCGAGACGGGUGUGGGAGCACCCACCUCAGGGCCUGGAACAGCUGGCCGAUUCACCAAGGAGGAAGGAACCCUGGCCUACUAUGAGGUCUGUGACUUGCUUCGUGGAGCCACGGUCCAUAGACUCCUGGACCAGCGGGUUCCCUAUGCCACCAAGGGCAACCAGUGGGUGGGGUACAGCGACCCGGAGAGCGUCAAAAUCAAGGUGCAGUACCUGCGGAACCAGCAGCUGGCGGGCGCCAUGGUGUGGGCCCUGGACUUGGACGACUUCCGGGGCACAUUCUGUGGUCAGAACCUGCCCUUCCCUCUCACAAGUGCCAUCAAGGACGCGCUCACUGCGGCUUAGCCUCCGUCCUCCUGCAAAGGAGCCAGGUUGCCCACCCUACUGAACCUGUCACCCUCCGCGGAACCCCCUUGCAGAGGGCCACUGCUCUGAGGCCUGAGCUAGGCUCUGGUGCAGGGCCAGCAGCAGAGGAUCUGGAGGCAGCACACACUGUUGAUGAGUGAAACGCUCGAUGGCCCCAAGCCCAGUGCAAGGGGAUUUCCUCCAGCUCCCUUCCCCAGGCCUCUGUCUCAAAGGACGCCACUGGGCAAGCUCCACCACCAAGGAGCCUAACGCCACCUCUGUAGAGCCCAACUUGAACCCCCAGGAGCACAGCUGAGCCCCGCACACACACCCCCUUCCUCCGCCACAAGAUGUUCAAUAAAGCACCAGAGCUUCAAAGCAUU